GAGCAUACUCAUCAUGUAGAAACAACACUUGUACUUGGGUCAUGAGAUAUCUGCGGUCGCACAAAAAUCUUUUGCUUGGGUCAUGAGAUAUGCGAGAACACAAGUAUAAGAUUAAUCUAAGGAAAUGCGAAUUCGGACGCACUAAAAUCUUGUACUUGGGUCAUGAGAUAUCCGUGGAAGCGAUAAGGCUCGAAGAUGCGAAAGUGGUUAGUAUUCCUGACUGGCCACGACCUCAUUCUGUUACCGAGGUCAGAUCUUUCUUAGGGAUGACCGACUACAACUGUAACUUCGUAAAGAACUACAGCACAGUGGUCGCCCCUUUGAUUGAUCUAACAUGCCUUGACACGUCAUUGGAAUGGACGGACCAAUGUGAGGCAACCUUCAAAAGGUUGAAGUAUGCUCUCACAAAUCAUGAGAUUCUCAUGGUCCCCAAUUCGGAGAGGCCAUUUGUCGUGACCGCUGAUGCAAGCCAAUACGACAUAGGCGCACAUUGGCUCGACAGGAGGGGAAGAAGUUUUAAGGCCAUAGAGUAUAUGAGUAAGAAGAUGCCAUCAAAGAAGUGGGCGAACUCCGCCUAUGAGAGAGAACUCUACGCCCUUUACAAGGCCCUUGUCCACUGGAGACACUAUCUGUUGGGAAGGUUCUUCUACUUGAGGACCAGCGAUCAGACACUCAAGUGGAUCAAGACACAACCUGUUCUCUCCGAUGCACUCAAACGCUGGAUCCAAGUCGUAGAUCAACAUGACUUCAAGCUUGACUAUGUGAAGGGAGAGUACAACAAGGUUGCUGAUGCGUUGUCACGUAGGGCAGACUACUUAGGUGCGUCAAUUACUGAGUUUGGGCUAUCUGGUGAAGUAACUCGAUUGAUGGUGGACGCCUACAAGGAAGAUCCCGUCAUGAUGGACAUCAGCCGCAGACAAGAGGCUCAAAAUAAGGCCGCAUCAGAUGAGUUUGUGAUGGUGGAUGGGUUACUCUUUUUUUAGAAGGUAGGGUUUAAGAGAUUGUGUGUUCCGUCUAGUGAGAUUCUGCGUAGUUUAUUUUGGAUAUAAGAAGACUAGUGCUAACCUAG